AUGUUGCCUUUCACUUUACUGCCAGUCCCUCUCAACCCCAGUAUUUUCUAUACAAAUUUCCUGAAGACGUGGACUCAGUUAUCAUUAAAGUUGUGUCUGAAAUGGCUUAUCCAUGCUCUGUUGUCUCAGUCCAGAAUAUCAUGGUUCUUUUUGCCCCCACCAUUAUAUGGACUUUCUCCCUUCUUCUCCCUAUCUUUAUGUCUUGUGCAGAAGAAGGAUUUUCCAGGUGAGCAGUUCUAUGUGGUGUUUGUGAUAAAGCCUGAAGAUUAUGCCUGUGGAGGAUCUUUCUUCAUCCAGGAAAAGGAGAACCAGACCUGGAAUCUACAACGUGCAAAGAACCUUAAAGUGACCAUUGUUCCUUCCAUUAAAGGAUCUGUUUAUGUGAAAUCCAUUCUUCUCAGUUUCCUCAUCUUCUUCUCCUUCUACUUGGGAUGCCUCUUUGUUGCAUUUGUUCAUUAUAUCAGGUUUCAGAGAAAGUCCAUUGAUGGAACCUUUGGUUCCAGUGACGGCUCUGGAAAUACGUCGGUGUCACAUCCCAUUGCCGCCAGCACCCCUGACGAAAGCAAUUAUGGGGCAAUAGAUGAGUCAAGCUCCAGUCCUGGCAGGCAAAUGUCCUCCUCCGAUGGCAGACAGCCAUGCCAGUCAGACACGGACAGCUCCGUGGAGGAAAGUGACUUCGACACCAUGCCAGACAUUGAGAGCCAUAAGAACGUCAUCCGGACCAAGAUGUUCCUUUACCUGUCAGAUCUGUCCAGGAAGGACCGGAGAAUUGUCAGCAAAAAAUAUAAGAUUUAUUUUUGGAACAUCAUUACCAUUGCUGUGUUUUAUGCGCUGCCUGUGAUCCAGCUGGUUAUCACCUACCAGACAAUAGUCAAUGUCACUGGUAACCAGGACAUCUGCUACUACAACUUCCUCUGCGCUCACCCCUGGGGUGUCCUGAGUGCCUUCAACAACAUUCUCAGUAACCUGGGCCACAUGCUCCUGGGCUGCCUCUUCCUGCUGAUAGUCUUGCGCCGGGACAUUCUCCAUCGAAGAGCCCUGGAGGCCAAGGACAUCUUUGCCAUGGAGUAUGGGAUUCCCAAGCACUUCGGUCUCUUCUAUGCUAUGGGCAUCGCACUGAUGACGGAAGGGGUGCUCAGUGCCUGUUACCAUGUCUGCCCUAAUUACUCCAACUUCCAAUUCGACACCUCCUUCAUGUACAUAAUCGCCGGCCUCUGCAUGCUGAAGCUCUAUCAGACCCGCCACCCAGACAUCAACGCCAGUGCCUACGCUGCUUACAUCUCCUUCGCCCUGGUCAUCACGCUCACCGUCCUUGGAGUGGUGUUUGGGAAAAAUGACCUGUGGUUGUUCUGGGUCAUCUUCUCUGCAAUCCAUAUUCUGGCUUCUCUGGCCCUCAGCACCCAGAUCUACUACAUGGGUCGUUUCAAGAUAGAUUUGGGAAUUUUCCGACGGGCCGCUAUGGUGUUCUACACAGACUGCAUCCGGCAGUGCAGCCGGCCUCUCUAUAUGGACAGAAUGGUAUUGCUCAUCGUGGGGAAUCUGGUUAACUGGUCCUUUGCCCUCUUUGGACUGAUCUAUCGACCCAGGGACUUUGCCUCCUACAUGCUGGGCAUCUUCAUCUGUAACCUGCUGCUCUACCUGACCUUUUACGUCAUCAUGAAGCUUCGCAGCUCCGAGAAGAUCCUCCUGAUCCCGCUCUUCUGCAUCGUUGCCACCGCUGCAGUGUGGGCCGCUGCCUUGUAUUUUUUCUUCCAGAAUCUCAGCAGCUGGGAGGGAACGCCAGCCGAAUCCCGAGAGAAGAAUCGAGAGUGUAUCCUGCUGGAUUUCUUUGAUGACCAUGACAUCUGGCACUUCCUCUCUGCUACUGCCCUCUUUUUCUCAUUCUUGGUCUUGUUAACCCUGGAUGAUGACCUGGAUGUGGUUCGGAGAGACCAGAUCCCUGUCUUUUAAGCCUCCAGCAUGGAGAGCGGGGAGAGAGAGCAACCAAUCUUGGUGCUGUUUCAUGAAAAAUACAGGGACUGCAGCAAAGUAACCACUGCCAAAUGCUCCACUCACCCUCUGUUUGGUUGGCUCUGUACACAUUCCCGCAGGGAGGAGAGGAGAUACAGGGGGACCCAAGCCUGCAAGAAGGGAAGCAGAAGGGAGGCAGCAACUGUGGACAGAGUCAAGCCCUUCAGAGUCGAAAAACACCCACCAUCCCCUUCUGUCACUACUCUGAGUUAGACAUGGACAAAAGCUGCAUCGAAGUUGACCUUGGGACCACUCCCACCCUCACCUGAUAUUCGCCAGCCAUGGGGGGACCAUGCUGCUCUCCGUCCUCCAGCUGCCUCCCCGCCCAGAAACUCCAGGGUGGCCCCCGUGCAUCUCUGUAACAUCUGCUGCUCUAGACAUCCCAAAACACCAGCCCACUUCUCCGAAGUCCUGGAAUGAUGUGAUUCCUUAGAAUCUGGUAGAGGGGUGGCCCCAAGGCCCUACCCAACUGGGAUAGAUGUUUUGUAGCACCAGCUCGUCACCUCCACCAAAGGAAUGCUGUACGCUUCCCCCAGGUUCCUGACCGCAUUAGGAGGACUCUUACAUCAGGCUGGGUCACCCGCUCCUGGCAGGUAACUGUCCCUGAGACCAAGGUGUGGGUGCUUCCCUGUUCCUUGGUGUCCUCAUCUCACCGCUGUGUGUUGACCCCCUGACUCAGGCUCUACCUUCUCGGGAAGGCCACUUCUCCACAGACCAGCUCCAAGGUGGAAGGGGAAAUGGGAAAACUCUUCCAGCAGCAGGAGGCACCAGAGGAAUGACCGACAGCACUAGGAGACUGGUGACAUCAGCAUCAAGCACUCAGGCCUCACGUUAAGGACUUGGACUCCUGGAGCAGAUUCAGCGAAGGCAAUUAGGCCUCCAAGUCAAAUAGCUCCAUUCUGUGCCUGCAUCACCCUUGGGGAAGAAAUAAGUGUUCUAAGCAGGGGCACUGCUCUCGGGCUCCUGUACAACCGGCCAAGCCCCUCCUCUGCUGCUUUAUGCAGAUCAGGGGCUUUAGACUUUCUCCUGAGUUUCUCUGGAGGCCAGUCUCAGGGUGAACACAUCUCACUCCUCCUCUCCAGUUGCAAAGAGCUCAGCCGGUUUGGGGGCGGGGCGGUUGUCUCUCUGACACACCUGAUUCACAUUCACUCCCCAGGAUGGGGUUGAAACACUCAGUGUCCCACUUCACUCUCUCACUGUCCAGCAGCUCUGCCCCCAGGAAGUCCCAUUUUGACCAAACUCCUGUAUUACCUGCGAUAUGACGUCAUCAGAAAAUUUACAUGCAAAUGUGCAUACACAGAUAUAUUUGCCUGUGAAAUUGAAGUCACCUUCUCACCUCUGCUUUCUUGAUCCUUCCUUAGAAGGAUCCUUCAUUCUUUUUAAAAUAUAUAUAUAUAUAAUUUUCUCUAAAAUAAUGUUCCAAAACACAUUUUGGAAGUUUGAAUGGCAAACUUUCCCUGAUUUUAAGAACACAAAGAUGCUUUCAAUGAAACGUUAUGAUUUUUUUUCUAAAAUGCCCCCAAAUUCAUAAUUGGUGUUGUUAUUCUUUAUUCCUUAAAAAUUGUUGGCUUCCAUAGGCCAUAUGAAGGCCACCUAUUAAAUGGUUGUAUCAAUCUAACAUUUAAAAUAAAUUUCA